AUGGGCACGCCGACCCUGGUGGCACCCUCGUCCGAAGCGGAGCUGCGAGCGCUGAGGCGCAAGAGCGCUAGGGCCCUUUGGGAGCUUGUUCCGAGGAGGGUGGGCAGGCUCUAUUUUGGCGGAGCCCUGUCCGGCUUCACGCCACGGUCCGGACCGAGCACCAGCGGCGGCGGCGGCGGCGGCCAGCAGGGACAGGCCUCCUCGCCUGCGCAGGCUAGCGAGGCGGACGAUCACAGGCCGCGGCCGCCCCAAGAUCGGCGCGACGAUGCUACUACUACUAGUGCUGCUACUUACGGUGAUGACAGUGAUGGCCGGAUCCUCGACGAUAUCGAGCGGGAUGUGCUCGAUCCCUUUAGCGAUGCUUACUGCAACAAGCAUCUGAUGUACAGUGUCCUAGAGCUCAUUCUAGUGCGCCUCAUGCCCGAACUAGCGGAGCGGCGCGUCACCGAGCUGUGGGAGGAGAGACUGAGCUAG